CAUAUAGUACCUACUUGACCCAAACGAAUAUAGGGGCCACAUGAUGUUCUCUCUAUUACAGGCUAAACCCAGCCCUACACUCAUUUAGCACUAUUAAAUGUCGAUUAAUGAACAGUAUUCCACUGAGACACACGGAGGUAGCAUGAGGCAGAGCAGUAAAGUCCGACAUUGGGAGAGGAGUUGCUGCCCGUAUGGCUAUGUAAGGUACCACCGAGGCACAUAAGGCAGGGACAGGAAGAGGAGGCGCUGCGUGUCACAAGAUCUGUCACUGUUCCAGGAGGAUGUGCAGGAGGAAAUAGAUGGAUUUGGUGUGGAUGACUACAGCUCAGAGUCUGAUGUGAUUAUUAUACCUUCAGCCCUGGACUUUGUCUCGCAAGAUGAAAUGUUGACCCCCAUUGGAAGAUUGGACAAGUACGCAUCAAGCGAAAACAUAUUUAACAGACAAAUGGUUGCCCGAAGUCUGCUGGAUACCUUAAAAGAAGUCAGUGAGGAUGAGAGAGACUGUAUUGCUGUUUUGGAAAGAGUAACAAAGUUGUCUGAGGAUUCAGAGCCCACUGUGCGUGCUGAACUUAUGGAACAAGUGCCUCACCUUGCAAUGUUUUGCCAAGAAAACCGACCUUCUAUUCCACAUGCUUUCUCCAAAUAUCUUCUGCCUAUAGUAGUUAGAUACCUUGCUGACCAGAAUAACCAGGUCCGAAAAACUAGUCAAGCAGCGUUGCUGGUGUUGCUCGAACAGGAGCUUAUAGAGAGGUCUGAUGUUGAGAGUAAAGUGUGCCCUGUUCUAAUAGACCUCACUGCUCCUGAUAGCAAUGAUGAUGUCAAGACAGAAGCUGUGGCAAUUAUGUGUAAAAUGGCAUCAAUGGUGGGAAAAGAUAUCACAGAGAGGCUGAUCCUUCCGCGAUUCUGUGAAAUGUGCUGUGAUUGCCGAAUGUUUCAUGUUCGAAAGGUUUGUGCAGCCAAUUUUGGUGAUAUUUGCAGUGUUGUUGGGCAGGAAGCGACAGAGAAAAUGCUGUUACCGCGGUUUUUUCAGCUGUGUUACGAUAAUGUUUGGGGUGUCCGGAAAGCCUGUGCUGAAUGCUUCAUGGCUGUAUCAUGUGCAACAUCUCAAGAACUCCGUCGCACCAAGUUGUCUGCUCUCUUUAUUAACCUAAUUAGCGACCCUUCCAGAUGGGUCCGCCAAGCUGCCUUUCAAUCCUUAGGACCCUUUAUAUCCACAUUUGCAAACCCAUCCAGUUCUGGACAGUAUUUUAAAGAAGAAGAAUGUACAAACACCAUGAAUGAAAAACCAAGUGAAGUAGAUGAGAGUAAUUCAAAUCAUGUUUUGGAUAUGACCAAUGAGCGUAUUUCUGUGGGUGCUGACAUUAUAACAGAAGACAGUGCUGCAAGCGAUAGCCUUGUUAAUUUUAAUGUGCAGUUAGAAGCAGGCACUGAAGAUGAAUCAGAAGAAGCUUCAAAGGACACUGUUCACCAGCAUGAUAUUCUUUCACUUUGCACUUUGCCUUUGGAGUCUACAGUUGACUCUGAUGAAUCAAAGCAGAACUGUCCUGGCACACAUGCACAUAUAUUGCCAGACUUAGAGACUGCCAACAGCACUAUUAGUGAGCAGGAGUUAUACAACUCAUUCCAUUAUUGGAGGACUCCCAUCCCUGAUAUUGAUAUCGAUCUGGAGUUGCGGCAGGCAGAAAAUGAAAUGUUUGGCUCUGAAAGACAGAGAGAAUCCUCCUUAGGGUCUCCUAAUAUCACAAUGGCUACCAGGAAGGAGCUGGAAGAGAUGUUAGAAAAUUUGGAGCCACAUAUAGAUGAUCCUGAUGUUAAAGCACAAGUUGACGUCCUUACUGCAGCCCUCAAAGCAUCCAGCCUAGGAACUCGGGAGGAAUCUAAACUGUCCUUCUUAAACAUGGAAAUAGGUUAUCACCAUGAUCUGACUGAGCCAGGGAAGAUAAAUUGUAAGAUCUCACGGGAUGACUCUGCUCCUCUUAUAAGUGAUUCUGUUGAGUGCAUACAGUCCACGUUGGGCUACAUCCAUAAUGAUUCUGACUUGAGCACCAGAAGUAUCUUCAGCCACAAUGAGGAGAAAAAGUCCAAAGUACAAGAUGUUGUACCUCAGGCCUUACUGGAUCAGUAUUUAUCCAUGACUGACCCAUCUCGUGCUCAGACUGUUGAUACAGAGAUUGCCAAACAUUGUGCCUAUAGCAUUCCAGGGGUAGCUCUCACAUUAGGCAGGCAAAACUGGCACUGUCUCAGAGACACUUAUGAGACACUGGCGGCUGAUAUGCAGUGGAAAGUGCGGAGGACUCUUGCUUUCUCAAUUCAUGAACUUGCAUUGAUACUUGGUGAUUCCCUGACUGCUGCUGACUUGUUACCCAUCUUCAAUGGAUUUUUGAAAGAUCUGGAUGAAGUUAGAAUAGGCGUCUUAAAGCAUUUAUAUGACUUUCUGAAGCUUCUCCAGCAAGACAAAAGGAGGGAGUAUCUUUAUCAACUGCAAGAGUUCCUGGUCACUGAUAAUGUCAGGAAUUGGCGCUUUAGAGCAGAACUAGCAGAGCAGCUGAUCCUGCUUCUUGAACUGUACAGUGCUAGAGAUAUUUAUGAUUACUUACUGCCAAUUGCUGUGAAUCUGUGUGGAGAUAAAAUCUCUUCUGUUCGUUGGAUUUCCUAUAAGCUAGUGAGUGAAAUGGUGAAGAAAUUGUACCAGGCUUCCAACCCCGUGCUACUUUUAGACCUUUUGAAUAAACUCGUGGAGCAGUUUUGUCAAAGUCCUAAAUGGUCUGGACGGCAAACCUUUGUUUUCAUUUGUCAGGCUCUUAUUGAAGACGACUGCCUUCCAAUGGACCAGUUUGCCAUUCACGUAAUGCCUCACCUGCUGCAUUUAGCUUCAGACAGGGUUCCCAAUGUAAGAGUUCUCCUUGCAAAGACUUUAAAGCAGACCCUUCUGGAAAAAGAGUACUUCCUGACCUCUGCCAACUCUCACCAGGAAGCAGUGGAACAGACCAUUAUGGCUCUCCAGAUGGAUCCUGAUAGUGAUGUCAAAUACUUUGCCAGUAUACACCCCGCUAGCACCAAACAUACCGACGAUGCCCUGAGCACAGCCUCUUCUACGUACUAACCAGCUUCCCUUUCCACGAAAGGCCUUCUGAAAUGUUAAACUCAAGACAGCAUUCUCACUGUCCUUUUUCUUUCUUUCUUUCCCUACUUUAUGCUAGGAGGGAAGAGUUACUCGAGACUCUCAGAGGAUUGUCACCAAAGCCUUAAGUCUUCUGUCUUCCUGAGAUAUCAUGAAACUUGAAUUGGUGGAUGGGGUUCCUUUUAAUUUGCUAGGGAAGGAAGUUAUUUCUUUCAGCCCAGUUUGGUAGAUUUCCUUCUCCUUCCAGUGUUGAAAUGAUAGCUAAAGGCAUAGCAUAUAUAUGAACAUCAUUGACAUUGCUUUGCCGAUUAGCAGGGUGUAUGUUUUGGCACUGGCAGAUGCUAAAGAUGCAAGAAUUGUUGUAUGGCACAUCAUUGCUGAGUAAAUAAGCCUCAAACUGCAGUGACUCUCCCUGUAAUCUUCCUCCAAACCAUUGUAAUGAAUUUUCCAGUAUUGGGUGCAAUGGGGGUUUUAUUCAGAGGUGGUAUUCCCCUAGGUUUCUUAAUGUGUGAAUAUAUAUAUAUAUUUUUUUUUUUUUUUUUUUGGGAUGUGUGUAAACAGACAUGAGAGAAGAGGGGAUUGUUAUUUUCCUUAAGGGCUCAGUGCUAACACUACAUUAGGAACUGAUUUUAAUUCAUUAAUGCAGCAUAUUGCUGUACUUAUUGGCAGGCAACGUUGCUGUGAAGCGCCUCUGCUCUAAUUUGUUUUCAUGCUGGUCAUGACCUCAAGGAAAUCUAUUAGUUCAAGUGCUUCAAGUCAGGUUUUUUUAACUUGAUUGCGUUUUCGGCUGUACGGGCCAUCACUUCCAGUCUUCAUGUACAUAUCUGCCUGUGCUCCCCGGAGUGCUGCAGUCUUUAAUCAUGUUGUAAUACAAGUAUAUUUGCUUGUCUGAAUAAAAUUUAAUAAGUUUCAAUACA